GAUUUCAGUUGCGGAAAGAUUAAAGACAAAACAUUUGUAUGUGGUUUGAUUACUCAAGUGUUGUGAUUUUUUAGUUCAAAGUGUCACUUUACAGACAAUAGUUGAGAGCGGGUAAAGUGUAUAUAUUUGUUUCUAGGUGCAUUACAAUACGUUGGUACUUGUUUUUGUUUAAAUCGAAGUCUGUUAGAUUUGGGACAGUCUGGUAUGAUCAUCAUACUAUUUGGGUUAUUUUCAGGGUCAUUUAAAAUGACAGAGCCUUCCAAAGUCAUUCAUGUACGCAAUGUGGGGCAUGAAAUUUCUGAGAAUGACUUACAUCAGCUAUUCCAGCAAUUUGGGGUCGUAACCAAGGUUGUGAUGCUUCGCGCCAAGAAUCAGGCACUCCUCCAAAUGCAAGAUAUUCCUUCAGCUGUUAAUGCACUGCAGUUCUACACAAAUGUUCAGCCAAGCAUAAGGGGAAGGAAUGUUUAUGUUCAAUUCUCAUCCUAUCAAGAACUAACAACUAUGGAUCAGAAUUCUCAAGGCCGGGGGGAUGAGGAGCCUAAUCGAAUUCUCUUAGUUACCAUUCAUCACAUGCUAUAUCCUAUAACCGUGGAAGUGCUGCAUCAAGUGUUUUCUCCUCAUGGAUUUGUGGAGAAGAUUGUCACAUUUCAGAAGUCAGCUGGUUUUCAAGCCCUUUUACAGUAUCAAUUACGUGAAAGUGCUAUCUUAGCAAGAAACUCUCUUCAGGGGCGUAAUAUUUAUGAUGGUUGCUGUCAGCUGGACAUUCAGUUUUCGAACCUCGAUGAGUUGCAAGUGAACUACAAUAAUGAGCGCUCAAGGGAUUUUACAAACCCAUCUUUGCCUUCAGAACAGAAGGGAAGAUCCUCACAACCUGGCUAUGGAGAUGCAGGAAGUGUGUAUGCCCUCCAAGCUUCUGGAGUUGGAUUUCCACAGAUAGGCAAUGCUGCUGCCAUUGCCGCUGCUUUUGGAGGAGGUUUGCCUCCUGGAAUUAGUGGAACAAAUGACAGGUGCACUGUGAUUGUAUCAAAUCUAAAUCCUGAUAGAAUAGAUGAGGAUAAACUUUUCAACCUGUUUUCCAUCUAUGGAAACAUUGUGAGGAUCAAACUUCUUCGUAAUAAACCGGAUCAUGCACUGGUUCAGAUGGGUGAUGGCUUCCAGGCUGAAUUAGCUGUGCACUUCUUGAAGGGAGCCAUGCUGUUUGGGAAACAAUUGGAAGUAAACUUUUCGAAACAUCCAAACAUCACAACUGGUGCUGAUACACACGAGUACUUGAACUCAAAUCUCAAUCGCUUUAACCGCAAUGCUGCAAAGAAUUAUCGUUACUGCUGCUCACCAACCAAAAUGGUCCACCUGUCCAGCCUUCCCCAGGAUGUGACCGAGGAGGAGAUUGUGGCCCACCUGGAGGAACAUGGCCCCAUUGUCAAUACCAAGCUCUUUGAGAUGAACGGUAAGAAGCAGGCACUUGUACUCUUUGAAAAUGAAGAGCAGGCCACUGAGGCCAUUGUGUGCAAACAUGCCAGCACCCUUGGGGGUUCAGUGAUCCGGAUCUCCUUUUCCCAGUUGCAAACCAUUUAGGACCUUUGUACCAAAUAAUGAGUAGCAACAAGUAGUGGACAAAAGGUUUUUAUGUGCCAGUGACAAUCCUUUUAUUUUCGUGCUCUUUGAUUAUGUAUUUUGACUCAUCUUUCUCAUCUUAUGCGCGUGUAACAAAGUUUGCUUUUUAAUGUCAGGGAAGAUUUGUUGGUUGCAGAUUUGCUAUGGUUGUAGAGCCGGAGGGGAGAGGAGCAUUCUCUUGUGAUUGAGAGAUUGCUUCUUGUCAUGGUUGUAUAUAUCGUUUAGUGCCUUUUAAACCA